AUGAAGUUCUUCAAUGUACUCUUCUUCUUCUACGCCGCUCUGGUGGUGUCCGUUCCAACCGCCAUUAACGACGCCGAACUCGACAAGUCUAACGCAUCCCCUGACGCUCUAACCGUUGUCUGCCAGUGGGACUGGGACUGCCCCAAGCAGCAGCUCUGUUGCAAGGGUCGCUGUCACAGAACUGGUGAUUGCAAACACGUUCCUCCCAAAUCCGAGGUCGCCGGCCCCCAGAGAUGCACUUGGGCUACUGACUGUCGUCCUGGAGACCUCUGCUGCAGCGGUUACUGUCAAAGUGUUUAUGACUGCAGACGUGUUCCCCCGAAGCCUCCAGUGAAGGAUUCCGAAGACACCGCAGACAAUAAGGAUAGCCCUGAAACCCCGGGCGAUGCUGAACCCGUCAUCGACAACUCUAGCGAGACUCAGCUUGAUAAGAGGCGCUAUCGCUCACCAGAAGAUAAAUUUAACAAGACCAAUGACGAGUCCAGUAUUCAGAGUCUCCAGACAGAGGUAACCUGCAAGCAGUACUGGGAUUGCGGUGUUAGCGGGGAGCAUCAAUGGAUGUGCUGUAACGGAAAGUGCAUUAAGUGGUACCCUGGAUCAACACCUUGGAUCCGUCCAAAAUGCUUGAAGUAG